GUGAUACGAAUCAUCUUUUACAAGGACUUGAGCACCUAAAACAUGUCAAGAGAACUAACUAACGCACCAAUGACAUUGCAGAAGAAAUAAACCAAAACAAGGAAAUGGCCUUGUGUCCUUAGGAUCAUCAGCAUGGCCAGGUAUAUAAAGGGACCCAACCCAGAGGGCACAUCACACCUGAGAACACCCAACUGCUCUCCACUCCUCAGCCCUACUCCAGCCCAGACACCCACCAUGACCGGCUCCUGCUGUGGCUCCUUCUCCUCCCAGAGCUGUGGAGGCUGCUGCCAGCCCUGCUGCUGCCGCGACCCCUGCUGCUGCCGCCCAGUGUCCUGCCAGACCACAGUGUGCCGCCCUGUGACCUGCGUGCCCCACUUCACCAGGCCCAUCUGUGAGCCCUGCCCCCGCCCCAUCUGCUGUGACCCCUGCAGCCUGCAGCAGGGCUGCUGCCGCCCCAUCACCUGCUGCCCCACCUCUUGCACAGCUGUGGUCUGCAGACCCUGCUGCUGGGCCUCCACCUGCUGCCAGCCCAUCUCUGUGCAGGCUCCCUGCUGCAGGCCCCCCUGCUGCCAGCCUGCCCCCUGCCGCACCACCUGCAGGACCUCCCCCUGCAACACCUGCUGCUGA